AUGAGGGUCAAGGGCCAGAUGGAUGAAAGACUGUCCUGUAAAGACGGCCACAGUGGUCCAACCUAUGAGUCCAUGCAGGCUGUGUUUGACCUAAAACCCUUCAGGCCAGCAGUGAACCUCAGCAGUCCCACCAUAAGCAACAUCUCCUUCACCCUGUACGCUGUCCUGGGGGUGAUCAAUCGAGCUCCGAGCUUUGGGACCGAUCAGAAGAUUGAUUACGACGUGAAGAAAGGGGUGCUGCUCAAUUCUCUGAAACUCCUCAACAUUCGAGCCAGCGAUAAGAAACGCAACCUGGCCCAGCAAAAGGCCGAGGCUCAGCGACGACUCUACGGACAUGGCUCGAUGAAGAAACUCUCGGCCGCUUCCUCAGACUGGGAGAAACAACGUCACACACUGGAGCGUAGGAGAGAAGAGCUGAAAGAGCGACUGGCACAGGUCCGCAAGCAGAUCUCCAGGGAGGAGCAUGAAAAGCAACAUCUGGGGAACUACAGACGUAUUUACCCCCCAGACGACAAGCUGCUGUUGGAGAAGUAUGAAAGCCUGCUCUCGGCCGCCUUUCAGACCUUCCUCGCCGGGCGAGCUGCCUCACUUCAAAAGGAAAUGAAUAAUCCUCUGAAACGAAUGAAGGAGGAGGACAUCUUGGAUCUGCUGGAGCAAUGCGAGCUGGACGACGAGAAGCUGAUGGGCAAAUCCUCCAGGCAAAGAGGCCCUAAGCCCAUGACCGCCAUGCCAGAAUGCAGCCAGACACCGAGACGUCAACGACCGGACUACCUGGCUGACUUCACCAGCGGCAGCAGCGCCGAUAAUUCCUGCUCCUCCUCAGACGAAGAAGAGGAGGAGAGGAGGAAAGUAGGAGGAGGAGGAGAAGGAAGAAGUGGGGAGAAGAGGGAGAAGAAAGUUUCCUACGACCUUGGGGAGAGCAAGGACAAGAACUUGGCUGAGCGCUCAGGUCGCAUACACUGGAAACCUCCAAUCAAGUCACUCAAAACCAGCCCUGCCUCCUCUGCUUCCCCGACACUCUCCGGUCCAAUCAGGCGCUCCAUCUCCUGCCCUCGCUCCAUUGCCUCCCUCUCAUCGCCCAGCGAGGUGAGGGCACUGUCCACCAGGCCUUCUCCCACGGUUCCCAUGGCCACUCCCCUCGUCAGGCCGAGCUCCGCCACGCUGCGUUCUCACUCGCUGAGCCGCAGUGGCUCCGCCCACCGCGUUCCUCACAGCAAUAGCUUGGGGACCAUCCACUCCAACAUAGGAGAUCCGCUGAUAAACCUGAGGAGUAAAGAGCAGGAGGCCGAACUGGUGCGUCAGACCCUGGCCGCGCUCACCGCCAUGAGGAUCAGGUUUCCGGGCAAAACCGAGGAAGAGGCCGAGGCUGUGUUGGAUGAGAUUCUUGACAACUGGAAAUACCAUAAAUCAAAGGUGGCCUCCUAUUGGCUGGUGAAGCUGGACUCUACCAAACAACGGAAGGUGUUGGACAUCGUAAGGACCAAUGUACGCUCAGCGCUGCAACGAAUCUGGAGAGAGCCGGACGUAGAGAGUCUCCACCUCUACCGGCUCUUUAACCGCGUCUUCAACCGGCUGCUCUGGAGUCAUGGACAGGGCCUGUGGAACUGCUUCUCCAACACUGGCUCAUCGUGGGAGACCAUCUUCAGUAAGAGCAGCGAGGUGGUUUCACCCCAGGAGCUGCAGUGCUGCCGCCGCCUGGUCCAGCUGUGCCGAGACUGCCUGUUGGUCGUCUACAAGUUUGUCUCAGAGUCCCGUGGCUCUUUGACCGGACUCAGCCCCGAAUGGGACGACACCAGGUAUCUGCUGCCAGUGACCUCCCAGUUCAUCAUGAAGUGGCCUUCGUCCAGCUUUGGCCGCAUCUCCUCGGCAGUGCCGCGCUCGCGCAGCCUUUUCGCUGCCAGGAUGGGCCACUUCUGAGGUCACCGUGGCAACCCUGGAUUCUGACACCUCGCCUUUUGACCUCAACCUCCCUUCCCCUGACUCUCACCCAGCCAAACUCCGAUCUCAGCAAGUUCGGAACAGAUCUGAAUUCGAGGCAACUCUGGAAACCGACUAAAGCCUCAACCCUGGCCAAAUCCCCCUGUGGAAGACCAACAAAGAAAGGCCGGAUGAUUUGGGAUUGCUAAAGGGCCUUGUUCAGUUUAGAUUAGUUUGGACCUGCCUAGAACCAGCAGACCACUGGUACCCUCCACCCUGUCCUUUACCCCUCGUAACACCAGACAAUGGGUUCACCCCUCUUCUCUCAUUGUAAUUGCUGUAUUAUACCUACUCACUGUACAGUUACAAGUCAUGGUACUGUAAAAGGAAAGAAUAACAAAUACUAAACAAUGCAAGGAUUAUUUAUUUAUGUACUUACUUAUUUUGUAAGGUAUUCCAUGAAUGCAGUGAAUGCUGAUGCAGAAUGCAGAUAUGGAAUGAUCAACAAAGCUGUCCCUUGUUUGAGAAAGUGGAUGUAAAAAAACAAAACAACAAUGACAAAAAGCUUAUUUUUGCUGGCUGUAAUCAGUUAUUUUAUGUCUGAAUUUUAUUUAUUUCAUAACUUAUAUCAGAGGCUUUAUGUUUAUAAAUGUUUCAACGGUCACUUUAUGUUUUUACAGUAGCGAGGUGGCGCCCCAGGAACUCAAGACGUUUAACUUUUGGAUGCUAAUGCUUCAUGUUUUACCUGUGUGAUAUUAAGUGCAGCACUAUUAAGCAACACAAUGUUUAGAAUGUCAUUGUAGUAAAGCCAAGCCUCUUUGCCUCUUAGAGAACGAGCUGACUUUGACGCCACAACGAGCCAAACUUAAGUCUCAGAGAGCACCCGGUUCCUAAUAUGCACUUUGCAGUUUGUCACAGGAAGAGAAAGCGGGUGCACAUUACCGUAGUGUUUGCAUGCCUAGAUUUUAGUCCCUCACCCAGAUGUAGUGGUUAGACAGAGGAGCUGCGUUUUGGAAUAUACUUGAAGUUUUGUGUUGUCAUUAAUUAUUGUGUCUUUGUGUCGGCUGCACUCAGAGGGAGACACUUCACUUGUAGAUUUGUCGUCUUGAUGUGUUAAAGAUUAUAAGGAUGUGUUGCAUCAGCUUACAGAUUGUGCGGCACGUUGAAUGACUCGGCUCAUCAGCCCAAAUGUUCUGUAACAGCCGAAUGAGCAGCUGCAGCCUUUUUUAUCCCACCGCACUGUAUGUACAAGUGCCAGGGAGAUCAUGGAUGUGCCAAUAAUAAACACAUCUACUUCAUGUGUUCAGUUGGGUUUAAUUUAAGGUUACAAUGUCACGAAACUGUAGGACCUCAGUUUAAUACAGUAUUAAAUGUCGGUAGGGAGAAACGCAGUGUUAUAUGUUUAGUAGUUUACUUGGCUCUGUGUACAACCCCAUGAGAUGAUACUAGACCUUUAAAGAUGGUAGUGUGUCAGCAGAGUGUACGAUACAGUACAGUGUGCAUUUUAUAACAUCAGUCCUGACUAACACGUGUGGCAGCAAUGCUGUGCUAAAUCUGCUAAAAUUUAAUUCUCCCCAUACACAGAAUAUCAUGUCACAAUGCCAAAUAUUUUUAUUUUGCCUGAUUUUAUUUGUGUUAUUUAAGAGUAGUACUUUUUUCAUUGGAGGUAUGAGAUUUUUAAUUUUACAUAGCAAUAAAAUGUUUAAACAAAA